AUGCACCGUGAUCAUUUGGGUGAUGGGCCCUACAUGCACCAUGAUCAUUUGGGUGAUGGGCCCUACAUGCACCAUGAUCAUUUGGGUAAUGGGCCCUACAUGCACCGUGAUCAUUUGGGUGAUGGGCCCUACAUGCACCAUGACCAUUUGGGUGAUGGGCCCUACAUGCACCAUGAUCAUUUGGGUGACGGGCCCUACAUGCACCAUGAUCAUUUGGGUGAUGGGCCCUACAUGCACCGUGAUUGUUUGGGUGAUGGGCCCUACAUGCACCAUGAUCAUUUGGGGGACGGGCCCUACAUGCACCAUGAUCAUUUGGGUAAUGGGCCCUACAUGCACCGUGAUCAUUUGGGUGAUGGGCCCUACAUGCACCAUGAUCAUUUGGGGGACGGGCCCUACAUGCACCAUGAUCAUUUGGGUAAUGGGCCCUACAUGCACCGUGAUCAUUUGGGUGAUGGGCCCUACGUGCACCAUGAUCAUUUGGGUGAGGGCCCCUACAUGCACCAUGAUCAUUUGGGUGAUGGGCCCUACAUGCACCAUGAUCGUUUGGGGGAUGGGCCCUACAUGCACCAUGAUCGUUUGGGUGACGGGCCCUACGUGCACCGUGAUCGCUUGGGUGACAGGCCCUACGUGCACCAUGAUCGCUUGGGUGAUGGGCCCUACGUGCACCAUGAUUGUUUGGGUGAUGGGCCCUACAUGCACCAUGAUCGUUUGGGUGAUGGGCCCUACAUGCACCGUGAUCGUUUGGGUGACGGGCCCUACAUGCACCAUGAUCGCUUGGGUGACAGGCCCUACAUGCACCAUGAUCGUUUGGGUGACGGGCCCAUAGAUGCAUUGCGUUAG